GGUAACACGCAGGCGGCUGUUUACAAAGAAGGCUCUCGGUAAAGCAGGGGGGUUGCUGCUCAUUGCCUAGAUUGCGAGCUGAGGAAGGCUGGCCAACUUCGGAGCCUCAGAGCAAGGAUCAGAAGAAGGAGAAAGCGACAGCUGAAGCAUCUGAGUGGAGGGGAAGACCUGGGGAAGAGAUCAGCCUCCCGCAGGCAGCUGCCAGGCACAGCCCUCGCCUGUCUCCCGCCUCCUCCUCCGCCUGCCUUGGCUUUCUCCUCCGCGGCCCCUCGCUCCUCUCUGCCGGGCUCGCUUCCCUCCCUCCCCCCUGCCCCUUCCCCAGGCUGGCUCUGCUCCAGAUCUGUGCUGCUUCCUGAAAACUUUUUUUUUUUUUGCCCUUUUUUUUGUCCCCCCCGAGCGGAUCCCAGCACAGCCGCGCGUUUUGCCCAGCGGAGAGGCGAUGCUGCGAGAGUUUUAACCGCUGAAACUUGGGAGACACUUCUCCUCCUCCUCCUCCUCCUUAUCCGCUCCCCUCAUCCCCGAUCUCCCCUUUCUGUUUGCAGCCAAACGCUCUCCGUGCCGGGUGUGAAGAGUUUCAUGAGUGGCAAUGUGUAGCAAAGCGAUCCUAGCGCUGCUGGUCUAUGGGAUAAUAAUGCACUGCAGCGUCUACUGCUCACCUGCGGCCGGGCUCCAGUACCCUGUGCUAAGGCUGGAAGAUGAAGUGUACGACGAGGAUGGCAACAUGCUGCAGGACUUCUCCUACGAUCGAGACCCCCUGGGUUUAGCCAACCCCCCGUCCAUGCUAGACGACAUGUACACCUUGUACUACCCGCCGGAAAAGAGGCACGCCGAUGGCAUCUUUAACAAAGCCUACAGGAAAGUCCUGGGCCAGUUAUCCGCGAGGAAGUACCUGCACUCUCUGAUGGCCAAGCGGGUGGGCGGUGCCAGCAGCGGCCUGAAACCGCUCUCCAAACGGCACUCGGAUGGCAUCUUCACAGACAGCUACAGCCGCUAUCGGAAACAAAUGGCUGUCAAGAAAUACUUGGCAGCGGUCUUGGGGAAAAGGUAUAAACAAAGAGUUAAAAACAAAGGACGCCGAGUAGCGUAUUUGUAGCGAUGGGUAACCAGACACGCCUGUGUAUACAAUGCCCUAAAAAAAAAGAAAAAAGAAAAAAAGAAAAAAGAAAAAAAAAAGUCAUUUCCAAACUGACUGAACAAUCACCGCUCCUGUGUUAUUUAAACAUGUAUUUAUGUAUGAAGUAAAGCCAUUAAAUGAAUAUUUUGAUAA